UCAGUACUAAGGUUCAUUUCAUUCAAACUAAUCUGUCCUGCUCUGCUCCGCUCCGCUCCAUGCUUCCAUCUCUCUGUGCUCCAGACCUCUUGUUUGGAUUUAUUUGUUCCUCCUCGUUGAUCUCGCUGGGCUUCUAAGAAAGAGGGAGAGAGAGGGAGAAAGAUAGAGAAGAGAGAAGAGAGGAUGACGUUGUUCCAUUUCUUCAAUUGCGCAAUUCUCACAUUCGGCCCCCACGCUGUGUACUACUCCGCGACGCCCUUAUCCGAGUAUGAUACACUAGGUACCUCUGUUAAAGCAGCUCUUGUCUAUCUCGGAACAGCUUUAGUAAAGCUUGUUUGCCUGGCGACCUUCCUAAAGGUAUCAGAGAAUGAUAGCUUUGAUCCAUAUCAGGAACUGCUGAAAGCUCUAAUUGGUUUUAUAGAUGUUGCUGGGCUUUACUUUGCCUUGACUCAGUUGACUCACAGAAACAUUUCUCAGAAUCAUAAAUUCCAAGCUGUUGGACUUGGUUGGGCUUUUGCUGAUUCUGUUCUUCAUAGAUUGGCACCUCUUUGGGUGGGCGCUAGAGGACUAGAAUUCACAUGGGACUACAUUUUGCAAGGCAUUGAAGCAAAUGCGAAUCUGGUAUUGAGUAUAUCCCUAGCUGCAUUGGGUUCUUUGAUGUGGCUCCGGAAAAACAAACCCAGGACUCUGAUUCCAAUAAUAUAUGCAUGUGCAGGAAUUGUGGCAACAAUGCCAUCUAUCACAAGCUAUCUGAGGAGAAGUUUAGGCUGGCACAUUCCAGAGGUGGUAGGCUUUGAACUGUUCACCUCACUAGUGAUGGCUUUUAUUAGUUGGCAGCUCUUUGCUGCAUGCCAGAGACCCUCUUCCUAAGGUUGCCUUCAUUACUCCGGUACCGUAGACUGACUAUACGACAAGCAAAGCCCUAAAAAAGACAGCUUAAAUUUUCUUGACGCGCUUUGCUUUAUUAUUUUAAUUUCACAUCAUCUUGAAUGUGGCCUCUAGGAAUUUGUACGAUCGAUUGUUCUCUUUAGACUCUUUUAAUCUGUUCGGAUAGAGUAUAACAAGAUUUUGAAUGGAAAA